CUGCAAUUAUGUUCGAACCGUUGAACGACGCGUAACUGCUGCUAAAGAAAGAAAGAAGCAAAAGAAAAAUGUAUAUUACAAUACAAAGAAUAAAGUAUAAACAAAAAAUGUCGAUUGUUCCACUGCUGCGUUUGGCACGCGAUCUUGAAAGUGCCUACGACGACCUGGAAUCAUUUGCUGGAUGAUGACUUCGGAUUUGGAGUACAUCCUCACGAACUGUGAACAUUCACCACGUCUCCUGAUGUCACACCAGUUGCAGCUGGAUAAGGAUGGAUUCUAGGUCUGCAUGGAUGUGGCCUAAUCGUCACUGAUGACUAUGUGCUCGGGGCGGCUGUAGUCGGCGCAAUAUGCCAUCAUAUUCAUGGCUCAAACAUUGGAUCAUCGCUGGAGCAAGAGUCUGAAGGACAUCUAUUUGGUGCAUUCCACAUUUGGGAUUAAAUUCUUGGUUUGGAUGGCGCGCUGCUUUGUCAGCACAAAAUACCGGAGCAAGCUCAUCUAUGUACAAUCUCUGGAGGAACUGACCUGCAAGUGGCUGUGGAGAAGGCAGCCAUACCAGAGAAACUGAAGAAUGCGAUGACAAACGACAUUGAGCUGACCACUAAUAAUUGGCGAAUUGGCUUACUGCUUGCUCAGGCUUGAUUCACUCGCAAAGCAAGCUGCCAUUGUACAGAAAUUGUUCACGUCUUCUAAAGCUCAGUUCUUAAGAUGAUCAUGAAUUUCCAUGCAUUAUUAUGAUGCUUAAAGCAAUUAUUGUUUACCCUUCUCCUCCUCCUCAUCACUUUUCAAGCGCUCAACAGACUCCAUCGAGGUUUGUUCAAAUAAUUGCUUAAGAGCACUAAAUAAUGUAUGAGCUUAUUUUACAUUAUAUUAAGAUUCCCAGCUCUCACAAAACUCAUCGAAAUUUACAUACCAACUAGGGCAGAAAGCUCAUUUUGUGCCAGCAACUGUGGCUGGAUCCAAUUUAUUUGCCUGCAUGUCGUGCCAUUAAAAACACCUGUUGUUUUGCACUAAACUAUAAUUAAAGUUUCAGCGUGACACAUA